GAUACGCGCUGGCGGAUUGGAGAGUGGCUGGCGAAUCGAGCAGCUGCCACGGGCCCCUGGUGGGCUGGCGGGUGGUGCAUCCCSGUGCCCGAAACGAGGCUCUGAACACCGGAGGUUCGAUCCCCGACAUACCUCUCCGCCCCCCAUCUCCUGGACAGAGCUGGAGAGUUGGCCUCGCGACGUCGCACCUGCUUUCUGAGCACCUUUUGUGUGACAGGCCCAAGAUUGGGCGCCAAGGCGGCCCUCGUGUGGCGCCCACUCCAGGCAGCUGACUGUCCCGACGAUGAGUGAGAAGCCGAACAACGAAGCCUCAGAGCCCAUGGAGGUCUGCAGCCAGCAUUGCAGCAAUGUCCUGGACAGCCCUGAAGCCCCAUUACCCCGGGAGAAGCAGGAGGAGAAAGAGGGGCCUAGGACUGCUGCAGGCUCUGGUCCUCAACCUGGGCUUUACAAUUACAUCAGGGAUGACUUGUUCACCUCAGAGAUCUUCAAGCUAGAGCUGCAGAAUGUGCCUCGACAUGCCAGCUUCAGCGAUGUCCGACGUUUUUUGGGCCGCUUUGGCCUGCAGCCCCAUAAAACAAAACUCUUUGGGCAACCACCCUGUGCCUUUGUGACCUUUCGCAGUGCUGCUGAGCGGGACAAGGCCCUUCGGGUGCUACAUGGGGCCCUCUGGAAAGGCCGCCCACUCAGCGUGCGCCUGGCCCGCCCCAAGGCGGACCCCAUGGCCAGGAAGAGGCAGCAAGAGGGUGAGCCACCAGCAAUGCGAGUUGCUGAUGUGGUGACCCCUCUUUGGACAGUGCCCUAUGCUGAGCAGCUGGAGCGAAAGCGGCUGGAGUGUGAGCAGGUGCUGCAAAGGCUUGCCAAGGAAAUUGGAAACACCAAUCGCACACUGCUGCCYUGGCUGCUCACACAGAGGCACAAGCACAACAAGGCCUGCUGCCCACUGGAGGGGGUCAGGCCAUCACCCCAGCAGACUGAGUAUCGUAAUAAGUGUGAGUUUCUGGUUGGCGUUGGGGUAGAUGGGGAAGAUAACACUGUUGGCUGCCGACUUGGCAAAUACAAGGGUGGGACGUGUGCUGUAGCAGCCCCCUUUGACACAGUGCAUAUCCCUGAAGCCACGAAACGGGUGGUGAAAUCCUUCCAGGAAUUCAUACGGUCCACCCCAUACUCUGCAUAUGACCCUGAGACAUAUGCAGGCCACUGGAAGCAGCUGACUGUACGCACCAGCCGCCGCGGCCAGGCCAUGGCCAUUGCCUACUUCCACCCCCAGAAACUGAGCCAUGAGGAACUGGCAGGGCUGAAGGCCUCCCUGGUACAACAUUUCAUGGAGGGACCAGGCAGGACCAGCGGGGUGACCUGUCUUUACUUCGUGGAGGAGGGACAGCGAAAGACUCCCAGCCAGGAGGGCCUACUCCUGGAGCAUGUGGCUGGGGACCGGUGUAUUCAGGAGGACCUGCUUGGGCUGACAUUCCAGAUCUCUCCUCAUGCCUUUUUCCAGGUGAACACACCUGCAGCUGAGGUGCUCUACACAGUCAUCCAGGAUUGGGCCCAGCUGGACAAGGAAAGUACAGUGUUGGAUGUGUGCUGUGGCACCGGUACCAUUGGCCUGGCCCUUGCCUGGAAGGUAAAGAGAGUCAUUGGGAUUGAGCUAUGCCAGGAGGCUGUGGAGGAUGCCCGGGUGAAUGCCCAUGCCAAUGAGCUAAGCAACGUUGAAUUCCACUGCGGGAGGGCUGAGGACCUGGUGCCCACUCUGGUGUGCAGACUGGCCUCCCAACAGCUUGUGGCCAUCUUGGACCCACCGCGAGCUGGCCUGCAUUCCAAGGUGAUCCUUGCCAUCCGAAGAGCUGAGAACCUCAAGCGGCUCCUGUAUGUCUCAUGCAACCCCCGGGCAGCCAUGAGCAAUUUUGUGGACCUCUGCAGGGCCCCAUCUAACCGGGUCAAGGGCAUCCCCUUCCGACCAGUCAAAGCUGUGGCCGUGGACCUGUUCCCACAAACCCCACACUGUGAGAUGCUCAUUCUGUUCGAGAGGGUGGAACACCCCAAUAGUACAGGAGUCCUAGAGCACCAAGGCCCUCUAGCCCAGCCCUCACAAGAGCCCGCUAAUGAUACCACUCUGGAAAUUGGGGCCUCCUUUUCAUCCUAGGCCCUGGAAACUGCAGGGUCCAGCUCUUCCAGAACAGGGCUUAUCAUGGGGGCAGAAGCUAGGGGGCUUCCCGCAGUCUUGCUUGUCUCAAGAUGCUUAGAAGAGCAAUCACAGGGCACAAGGCCUAGUUGCCUUGCCAGGACCAACAUGACCGUGAUAUGGCUCAGAAGACAGCUGGACUUCUAUGGCCUGUCCAUCCCUCACCCCAUCCUUCUGGAACAGCCAGGCUAUGAGGACCAGAAUAAACAACUGCUGAAUUCAGGGUGUUUGUGAAGAACUUUGGUAAACAGGGACUCCUCUCUGCCCCAUUCUGUGCAUGCAAAGGGACAGGGUGAGUGAAAUAUCUCAACCCUAUCCAAGCUGCCUGGGAAUUUCUGCCCUUCAUUUUAGUCUGACCCUUGAGCCUCUAUGACACCCUACCAGGCCUGGAUAUCAGGCUGGGGGUCAAUUUGCAUGGCUUGCCAAAGGAGUUCACCAAGGCCCUGAACAGUGCAAAGCUUGCUAUUUAAUAGGAUGUUAGGUUUUAUGCUUGGAGAGGCAGAGACACACAAGCCUCAAGACCAAGCAUCAACAGGAUGUUCCAGAGUAUGCAAGCAGAAGGAUGUCCCUGCACCUGAGGAAAAGAUCCUAAUUGCUCCCAAAAUCAACCUGACCCUCAACCCAGGAAGAAGGCCACCUCCAUACUGUGACCAAAGGCUAUACAUACCAGGUUGCUGCUAACCCCCUAACAAGGACAGAUGUGUCUACUAGUAGGCACUGCAGCCUCCAAGGGGCUGGAGUCCAGCCAAUUGAGGGUCCACAAUGUUAUUCCACCCCCRUGCCCAGAAGAAAUAAAUAUCAGCCAUUCCCUUUUAGAGUUUGCUUUAUGUGUUCAGACCAUUGAGGCUCACUCAAACAGCUGUGGCCUAGUGCACAGAAGCAGCAUUGGCACAGGCCCCACAGUACAGCUGUGUGCAUACAGGGCUUSUGCCCAUGUGUAGCAGAGGGAGGACACUAGAGACCACAACUGUGUGGCAGCACCUGCUGUGGUGGCAUCUGGGACAAACCAGCCCAGUGAAGCUCACUGUCUUCUAGGCUAAUGUGUGCACAAAGCUUUGGUUCACAAUGGUCAAUCUGGCCGUUUCAAGGGCAACAGUCAUGGUCAAAUGACUAUUCACAGCUGCAGACAGGAGGCAAGACAGAAGCAAGUGUCUAAUUACAGCAACUUGAUUUUGGUUGUUUUUUUUUUUCCCCCCUCAAGGUCAACACAAAAGUCAACCUCAGUCACACAGGUGUGAGGGAGGGAUACAGUGUGGGCAACUCAGAUGACAUUCCGUCUCUAGGACAAAUGCCUUCUUGACUGCAGGGAUAUGAUAGGAGACAUGUCAUGGAACAUGAGGAUACAGCCCAGUGCUGGGCUCUGGUGUCCAGUGAGCACAUGACCCCUGAACAGGUGCUGGGGACAGUUCAAUUGCUGGCCACCACCACCAGGGUCCUGAACACACACAUGCUAAUUCAGACAGAAAAAUCUACCUCAGAGAGGCUACCCCGUGAGCACAGGUGACAAGUUGAAAAGCCAGCUGGACACUGGACCUGGCUAUACAGGGGAACUGCCCUUGAAACCCAAGGAGGCCACUGUCACUAAAAGUUGAGUCAGCCACCAUGUAUUCAGCUAGCCCUUGGCGUACUGCACUAAAGGCCUUUGUUUCUUCAAAGAAGUCCGCUUGCUUAAAUGCAUGAUUUCAAAUCUACCUUCUACUCUCACUGUAAAAGUUUCUUUGCAAAUGCUAAAAUAUCAUAAAAGCUUUAAAAAUUGAUGGGUGGACAGAUGGAUUCAACUGUGCAAAAAUCUUUGUAAAAAAACCUGUUGCCAGAUGCCAACAAAGGCAGGGGCCUCAGUGUCCAGGGAGGCAAGUAUUAGGACAUUAAGACAAGAUCAAAGAGUAGACCAAGCCCAGUAGCAGGCCAAGUUGAUGCAGAGACUGGGUCUGGUGUCCUCACUGGCAACUUCAGUCACAAAUAGAGAAUAGCUACCUUGAUGAUUUGCCCGCAAUCUCUGAAAAAUAGUUCGAUGCUAAAAUUGUUUAUUUUAAACCAAAAUGGUCUGAAAUAUUCCUAACYCUUAUAA